GAUCAAAAAUGGAAAAAGGGGAAAAUUACGCAGCUAGGUGCAGUGCGGUGCGGGCCUGCGGGAGCAAGGUCAGUAGUCAGGAGUCGGGAGGGAAAGGGAUGGCCACAGCGCAUCUGCUCCGCCGCGCCUCCUCCGCCUUCCUCUUCAGCACCACCAACCCGUUGCGCUCGUGCUUCCCUCUCGUCCGCCUCCAGCACCCCCGCGCCGCCAUGGCCACCGACUCCUCGGUAGCCCCGUUCCAGAAGAUCCAGAUCCAGCGCGAGGACACCACUUUUGAUGCCUAUGUUGUUGGCAAAGAAAAUGCUCCUGGAAUUGUGGUUUUGCAAGAAUGGUGGGGAGUUGACUAUGAGAUAAAGAACCAUGCGAUCCACAUUUCCCAACUUGGUGGAGGAUACAGAGCACUCAUUCCAGAUUUAUACCGUGGAAAAGUUGCUCUGGAUGUUGCUGAGGCACAGCAUCUGAUGGAGGGUCUCGACUGGCAGGGUGCAGUCAAGGAUAUUCAGGCUUCAGUUAAAUGGCUGAAGUCAAAUGGAUCACCCAAGGUUGGUGUGACUGGCUAUUGCAUGGGAGGUGCUUUAUCAAUUGCAAGUGGAGUUUUAGUUCCAUUGGUUGAUGCUGUUGUUGCUUUCUAUGGGACACCAUCUUCUGAGCUUGCUGAUCCUUCCAAGGCUAAGGCUCCUAUACAGGCUCAUUUCGGGGAGCAUGACAGUUUUGUUGGUUUUUCAGAUGUCACUGCAGCCAAGUCCCUGGAGGAGAAGCUCAAAUCUUCUGGGAUACCAUAUGAAGUUCACAUAUACCCUGGAUGUUCACAUGCCUUCAUGAACACUUCGCCUGAGGCCCUCAAGAGGAAGAAGGGGAUGGGUCUGACUGAUGAGAACCAGGAAGCCGUCGACCUGGCCUGGUCUCGCUUCUCUUCUUGGAUGGGCCGUUUCCUCGGAUCUGCUUGAACCAUUCCCCACUUCAUGUGCUGUGUGAUUAUGUGUGGAGUCAGGUCCCAUGAAUAAAAUGUUCAGAUUCAGGAUGCUCUAUCCAAACCAUACAAAUGGACUGGGUUGUACGGUGCUCUGGAUCGUCCUGUUUAUGGAUAAAUAUACCGCAGUGUCGUUUCCUUAUUUUCUGUGGA